AUGUAUGUGAUAAGCCAUGAGUCCAGCUCUGUUGGUGGUGGUAGGGCUCUGUUCUAUGCCGAGGAGGAGGAGGUGGAGCAGCGAGACGUGGACAAGGAUGUCAGUGUGUUCCAGAGUGCUUGUGAGGAUAUCACACGCACCAUCAGGGAAAUCAAGGCUCUCAAAGAGUCCAAGGACAAAAAUGUGAAAGCAGAGAUUGAACAGAAGAAGGUGGAGGGGAUGUUACAGAUGGUCAUGCUGAAGAAACUCAACAGACUUGCACAUAUCCGCUGUAAGAAAGUACGCGACAAAACAACUGAGGUGAAGAGCAUGAUAGACAAAAGUCACUUGCAGGUUCAGAAUCUGCUCUAUGAGAUCCUGCAUCUGGAGAAGGAGAUUGUUAAAUGUCUCUCGUUCAGAUCAAAGGACGAGGAGAUUGACCUUGUUCCAGUGGAGCAGUUCUAUGAGGAGGCCCCUCCUGACAUUUCCAAGCCGGAAGAGACGCAGAGUGAUGCCCACAGACAGCGACUGGCCAGGCUGGAUUGGGAGAGGGAGCAGAGACAGCAGCUGGCCAGUCAACUGAAGACUGCCCAAAAGACCAAGGAGGACAUGGAGUCUGACAACAAGCUGAAACAGGAGCAGCUGGAAAACCUGCAGCCCAAACUCAACACCAUCCUACAGUCUACUAAGCCAGUACAGGAGUACCUGAACAUGCCGUUUGACGCAGUACGUGAGGAGCAUGCCAUUGCUGCCUACCUUCCCCACCCACUGUUUGUCCUGUACAUGCAGACAUGUGCAUACAGGGAUGUGGCAGAUACAAAGUUGCUGGUAAGCCUUGAGGGAGACCUGGAAAAGGCCAAGGCACUGGACCCAUCUACUACCAUCAUAAUAGAUGAGGACAGUGACAGUGAGCAGGAAGAGCUGGAAGAUCCAGACCAGAAGAACAAAAAGCGGAGCCGACGUAAGACAGUGGAAGUCAUGAAGUCUGACCGCACCUCGAAGGUUCUCAUGAAACAUCCACUCAAAGUCAUGGUCAAGGUGCCUUGUGAUGAUGAGUGCAGUCUUCAACUGACCUUUAACUACCUAGUCUUUCUCAAGGUCGUCACUGUGGAGGUCAAAGUCAUCACUGCAAACAACACUCAGACUGUAUGCAUUUCCGGAAGUGACCUAUUGUUGCCAGAUCAGAUCCUGAAGGAUCUCUACCCCGGGGACCGCGGGGACGUGUCACCCAACCACAGCAAUCAGUUUGAACUCACAAGAUUGGGGCUGCAAGAUUUCAGCGUGUACGUUUCUGAGUUGGGACAGCCCUACCAGUGGGCACAGAAGAUGGCCGGCCUCCAGUUCCUGCCUGGACAGGUGCCGGCCACCCCCCAGGCAGAUAUCAGCAGACAGACCAUGCAGGCCACUAUAGGCAGGAUCAGGAGACGUGUUCAGUCACGGCUCUCACUGCUCAAACAGCUCACUGCACUAGAGCACGGCAGCAUCUCAGUGAGCAGCGAGUACCAGAAGCUGUUCCCCGUGAAGCUGUCCAGCUGCCUCAAGUCCUGGGUGCGCUCUACGUACAGUGAGUUUGUAGAGAGCCCCUUCACACAGCCCCUUGUGGACAUGGGCAUAGCCGGGGAGGAGGACCUGUACUUCAAGGCUAGCAUUGAGAGGGGCUCAGCCAAGCUAGUUGCCCUGGUGGUGGUGGGUGCAGAUUAUCCGACGCAGGCACCGCUGUUCUCUGUCAGCGUGGACUGGGCCACAUGCAGGCAUGCCAGGAACGACAACCACAUUCAGGAACUAGAGGAGGAGGUUAACAUCCACUAUGAUGAGUUGGUAUCUGGAAAGUCAUGUGACCAGCUAUUGACCAAUCAGCUUCAACGCUUACUGAUGUGUUUUGAUGUCUACUUGGAGACAGAAUCCCUCAACAGGAUCAGUGAGGGCCCAGCGGAAAUAGCAAAAGAAAAGGUCUUCAGCAGAGUCUCAAGGGGUCGCCAGAGGUCUAAGCCGUACAAGUUUGAUGGCAACACUGGAAUAUUUUCCCAUAGAUAGGGGACAACCAUUUAGGGUUUUCUCUCACAGUCUGUAUUUUCACUGUGACAGAACAACAUUCUUUUUUGUAUUGUGUUCAUUCAGAUACAUUGAAAUAAAUUGUGAACUGUU